UGUUUUUAUCCUGAAAAUCAGAUGUAACUUUGAUUGACUAUGAACUCGAACUAAAGAUUUUAUUUAAAAAAUACGAUAAUAAACGUAAAUCAAACGUGGUUGAAUAAAACAAACUUUCAUAUUCUGUUUUUGGAAAUAAAAAUGGGUGACGCAUCAAGAUUUGUAAAAGGAGUACUCGGCGAUAUAAGCAGUCGCUCAGCUUACUCUCAGCUUUUGAUUGGCGUAACGUCAGGAUGGGUUACUGGAUACACAACAAUGAAAUUCGGAAAAUUUGCAGCGUUUGCUAUUGGAGGAAGCAUAAUAUUAAUUGAAAUUGCUCACCAAGAAGGAUUUAUAAAAGUUGAUUGGCCUAAGCUAACCAAGAGCGUAGAUAAAAUAACCGAUAAAGUGGAGUCGACUAUUUCUGGGAAUGAUAAACAUUGGUUGGACAAGACGGAAAGAUAUUUGGAUAGAAAAUUGGAUGGUGCUGAAAAACAAUUAAAAGGAAAAACGACGAAGGUCAAGAGAUGGUACGCAAAAUAUAUAGGCGAUGAGAAUGGACCAAAACUUAAUGAUCUUCACAUAUUUUUAACCUCUUUUAUCGGAGGUAUUGCAUUGGGGAUUGCCACUGCAUAGUAAUAUUUCAUUAUUAGAUAAACAGCAAUAAAGUUUAGAUUUCAAUACUAUGAAUAUA